AUGUCCACAAAGACCCAAGUCAUUACCGAGAACGCCCACCUGGCGAGCGCCCGCGGUGCCGUGAGCAAAGAGGCCUGCAUGGCUUUGUACGACCACUGGGCCUCGUCCUAUAACAAGGACCUCGCCGACGCCUCUCAGAACUAUGUCGCGCCAAUUCUCACAGCGCAAACUGCAGUCCAGAUGAUCAACAGUGCCAUGGCCCCCGUCACCGUCCUCGAUGCUGGAUGUGGGACUGGACUUGUCGGACAGGCUCUGGCCAGCCUCAAGCACGGCGCCAUUACUAUCGAUGGCGCAGACCUAUCCCUCCCAAUGCUUAAGAUCGCCGAAGAGACGGGCGUCUACCGCACCCUGACUCAGGUCGACCUGACGCAGCCCAUUGGCGCACCUGACGGGACUUACGACGUUGUCACCUGCUGCGGCACUUUCACCCAAGGCCAUGUUGGGCCGGACCCUGCCCUGAGAGAGUUUGUCCGCCUUGUCAAGCCGGGCGGCUUCGUAGUCGCCACAGUCCUCCACGAGAUAUGGCUAGAAUGGGGCUUCAAGACCGAGGCUGAAAGACUCGAAAAAGAAGGUCUGGUCAGGGUGGUCAGUACCGAAGUUAUGGAUUACCGAAGGGGUGCUGGCGACAAGGCCACUUUCCUGGUGUUGAAGAAGACACAGGCAUGAGGUCGACCAACCAACUUCUCCGAUUUUUAGGGUUCGAUGGACGGCGAAGGCGCGGAUUCCCUGACAUUUAGGUCCACAAUCAGUUUGACAAAUGGACAGUUUGCCCGAUGCGACUUGCCCUUGCGACUUGCCCUUGCGACUUGCCCUUGCGACUGUUCCCUUGCCAUCCUAAUGCGACUCUUGGAAUGAUCCAGUGUAGCUCGCCGAAUACGCAGUGCCUUGUUUCUCGCGCCUAGAUACGAAAUCAUGAAAGCUUUACUGGA